AUGGAAGUCCCCGCGAUCCCCUCCGACGCAGCGUCGCAACUCCCCGCCUCAACUACCCUCGCAACAACAACGCCUUCCCCCGUCACGCGAGUGCCCAACGACCAGAUUGACCAGGUCUUCGCGCGUACCACGAACCUGGCCUCGUCUGCGCUGAAUGCCACCGUGCUCGCCUGCUCAAACGACUACUUUGCCGGCGCCGCGAACCUGCUGACGCCCACCGCGCCGAUCCACAAACCAGGCGUGUUCGUGCACACGGGGGCCUGGUACGAUGGCUGGGAGACGCGCAGACACAACCCAGAGCCGUACGACUGGGUAGUCAUCAAACUCGGUGUCGCCGGUGGGGCUAUCGAGGGCGUCGAGGUUGACACUGCCUAUUUCGUGGGCAACUAUGGUGAAAAAGCCGAACUGCAGGGCGCAUAUGUGCCUGGCGGCCAGGGAGGAGUCAGCGAUGAAGACAUCGCCAGCCCAGAUUAUAAAGGAUGGAGCACAAUUCUGCCUGUGGUUGAGUGUGGCCCGAGCCAGCGACGGGCAUGGAAGAUUGAUUCCUACGACCCUGCCAACCCUAAGCCAUAUACCCAUGUUCGUCUGCUGAUGUACCCGGAUGGAGGAUUUGCGCGUCUUCGACUGUACGGCCACGCCAUCCCUCCUCCCCCGCCUUCAUCGGCAGCUGCACAAGGCCAAGAAAAAGAAGAAGAACUGUCCUCUGCGCUCUUGGGUGGCCUUGCCCUGUCCGCCUCUGACCAGCACUACACGCCAGCCUCCAACACAAUCCUGCCCGGCCGCGGCAAAGACAUGGGCGAUGGUUGGGAGACGGCACGAUCACGCACUCUAGGCCACGUCGACUGGGCAAUUUUCCGCCUCGGUGUGUCCGGAACAGUCAGCAAAGUCGUCGUCGAUACAAAGGACUUUCGCGGUAACUUCCCUCGCGAGGUUCGGGUGCAUGGAUUGGUCAAGUCUGAUAGCACCGAGGAACCGGGCCAUGAUCACCCCGGUUGGGUAGAAUUGUUGAGUGGGGAUAAGAAGACACAAGCCGAUACAGAACAUGUUUUUGAGGGAGCUGAUCUCGCAGCAGGCGGGGAAGAUAAACGAGUGUUUACUCAUGCGAAACUGACAUUGGUGCCGGACGGCGGCGUGAAGAGAUUCCGGAUCUUUGGGCAAAGAACGGUGUAA